UAUUAACGGCAGAGAUAGUUAUAGUCUAUAGACUGCGCAGUGAAUCAAAAACUAUUGAACAGAGAGUAAAAUUCUAGGAAAGAGUUGGACAAUAAUUUUUAGUUUCUUACAUGGGUGUUAAGGCGCCGGGCGGUUAAUACCGAUGUCAUUGUUCUUCAUCGUCAUUCGUCAACUCGCUGAAUUCCAAGCCAUGGCCUCAUCGAAAAAAGUUAUAACGAGGGAAGAGUGGGAGAAGAGGCUCAGUAAUGUCAAAGUUAGAAAAGAGGAUAUGAAUAAAUUGGUGAUGAAUUUUCUGGUUACUGAGGGUUAUGUGGAGGCUGCUGAAAAGUUCCGACUGGAGUCCGGGACGGAACCAGAUAUAGAUCUUGCAACUAUCACUGAUCGUAUGGCAGUUAAGAAGGCAGUACAGAGUGGUAAUGUGGAGGAUGCUAUUGAAAAAGUUAAUGACUUGAACCCUGAGAUAUUGGACACAAAUCCCCAACUUUUUUUCCAUCUCCAACAGCAACGGUUGAUAGAGCUGAUCCGGAAUGGGAAGGUGGAAGAAGCUUUGGAGUUUGCUCAAGAGGAACUUGCUCCUAGGGGAGAGGAAAAUCAAGGUUUUUUAGAAGAGUUGGAGAGGACUGUUGCAUUGCUUGCUUUUGAAGACGUCACCAAUUGCCCUGUCGGUGAUCUGCUAGAUAUAUCGCAGCGCCUCAAGACUGCUAGUGAGGUGAAUGCAGCCAUCCUUACCAGUCAGAGCCAUGAAAAAGAUCCAAAGCUGCCAAGCUUACUGAAAAUGCUAAUAUGGGCACAGAACCAGCUCGAUGAGAAAGCUACUUAUCCGCGAAUAAACGAUUUAUCUACUGCAGCACUUGAAGAUCCUGCUGUUUGAGAGCCGAACCAAAAUGACCAGGAGUCCAAAAUGGCAUGUAUCCUUUAGUUGGUAAGGGAAAGGUAAUUUAGUGCGAAUUACAAAUGUCUGUAUCCAUUUAAGAAUUCGGCGCCAAUUGUCGAACUCUUACAGUGUUUAGUGGGUGUGUAUAGACUGUUGUUCCUGUGGAACUAUCUGUAUCUGAAUAAAAAUCAAAUAUUUAUCUCUCA